CUCCUAACUAUUAUAUUUGGCUGUAAGGGCAAAUAAGGGAUCAGGACUGUAACAGCUGGUGGCAGGUGGAAGUGCUUAUUGAUGAUUAUUGAUCAUAACUGAUGAUUGUUUGUCGGAGGGAAGGUCAGGGCAGGAGACAACACAGCGGGGUCCGUUGCCAUGGCGAUAACAGGAAUGAUUUAUCCCCUUAUUAUUGGGCCUUAUCCAUUCAAUAAUUUAUUCAUUCACAGAUUCACUUUGUUCAUAUUCCUUUUCUUCUCCUCCUCUCCAUCCCUUCCUCCCUUUAUCUCUAUGUCUCUAUUCUCCUCUGUCCUCUUUCGCCCUUCAUCCCUGCUGUCUCUUUCCUCCUCCUCCUCCUCCUCUUCACUCAAUCCAUCUACUCUCCUCCCUCUCCCCUCUUUCACCUCCUCCCUCCAUCCGUCUCUUUCUCUCUCUUUCAGGUCAAUGAGAGCCAGCAACAGAGAAACCUCCCUCGUUUUUUCCUCUCUGUCUCCGGUUCCUCCUCUACCUCGAUCUCUCCUUCUCUUCUCUAUCAUGCUCUCCUCACUUCCAUAUGUUCAAAAACACAGUCGUCUUAUUUUAGCAACGCUGCCUUCCUCCUCCUCUUCUUCCUCCUCUUCCUUCUCUCUUGCCCUCCUCUCUUCUGAGUUUUGACUCCCUCUCUUUUUUUUUCUUUUUUACAAACACACACACACACACACACACACACCGGAAAAUGAAGCGUGGGUCGAGUGUGUUGCAGCCUCCCUCUGAUGCAGCCAAACAACACACACACCCUGCAAACACACACACAAAGACACACACCAGCGAUGAUGCUCGCUCGCUGAGCGUGCCUGACAUGCGCGCCGAACACACACCGGAUGCACACGCCACGGGUUCGAGUCCCUUCCCAGCAGCCACCUCUCUCUUCAGCCCUGAUGUCAGCACCAAGAUGGCGUCCGACCUCCUCAUCAGGCUGUCAGAGGCGACCCAGAAGGCCCAGUUGCAUCCUGGGAGGCAGGCGGAGGCGGAGCCUCAGAGGCGUGAGGCUCUGCCGGAGGUGCGCGGUGGGCAGCAGGACGAGCCCGGCCUCGCUCUGUCACCUGACGGCCCGGGGGCAAGUCCCGAGCCGCCGUCACUCUCACACACACCUGAUGGCAACGCUGCCACAGACACACUGGCUUCAGACCUGCUGAGGAAACUGGCAGAGCGGCAGGACGUGAGCAGCCAUGUGGUGAGGGUCAAAGAAGAAGAAGAGCCCAUGGAGGUCGACUCACUGGUUGCCUCUGACCUCAUCCACAAUCGAGCAGUCCCAAAAGAGAUAACCCCACCUCCCCCUGAGAUGGCGAGCCACCACCUCUUCAGCAUUAAAACAGAAGACCAGGUGGCCGAGCAGCUGCACCCUGGAGCCAAAAUGGCCGACCAGUGUCUCCAUGGCCUUAAAAUAGAAGACACGUUUUACACUGGAGGCUGCCAGCCUGGCUCUAAGACUGCAGACAGCGUCGUUUCUGGAGCCAACAAGUUUCAGUUCAGAGUGAAACUGGAGGAUCAUGGCCCCUCCGGAGCCAAGAUGGAGGACCGGCUUCUAUCUGGAGCCAAGUUGGAGGACCAGCUUCUCUUUAAAGCAAAACUUGCAGAGCGGCCGUUCUCUGCUGCCAAAAUGAGCAACAAGUUCCUCUCUGGGGUCAAGAUGGAGGACCAGUUUCCUCCAGGAGCCAAGAUGGAGAACCAGCUUCUCUUUGGAACCAAAAUGGAGAACCGGCUUCUUCCCGGGGCCAAGAUGGCGGACCAUGUUUUCUCAGGAGCAAAGACGGAGGAGCAGCUGUUCUUUGGAGCCAAGAUGGAGGACCAGUGCCUCAGAGCCGUGCUGUGGCAGGACAUGUCGGUGAACCUGGCGUCCACGCUGCUGCACCAGCUCUCGGAGAGAGUCAGUAAAUCCAACAGUCGUCUAGUGGAGAGGACGACCCCGCCCAUCAGAAGCAGUCCUGUUUUGAAGGUGAACGUGGACCCACUCCGCUCCUCCCCUCUUCUGAGCCCCCAGCAGCCUCCACAUGAAACCAAAACCAGCCUCAGCAGAGAUCAGACCACAGGUUGCCCUUACUUCUACAGGUGUCAUGUGUGCGGCUUUGAGACGGACGGGCGCGCCCUUUUCCAGAGUCACAUGACUGAGCACCGCCAAUGGGAGCACAGCUCCUUCUCGCUGCACUGCUGCGUGUGCGACCACUCGACCAAUCAGGAGGCAGAGAUGAGGGCUCACGCCAACACGCACAUACAGGGGACCACAGGAGCCAAUGGAGAGAUCAGAUGCCCCGUCACCCCUCCUGCCGCUGCCUCAAGCAGCACUCCGUCAGUUGCCAUGGCAACCCAGCCGGAAAAUAGCACCUCUGAGCAUCGCUGCCGCAUCUGCCAGAGGUCGUUUCCAGGGCAACAGGAGCUGCUGGUUCACUUCCAGGGUCAUCGCCAAGGCAACCAGUACCGGUGCGACCGGUGCGGCCACCUGACGCGGACAGCCAACAAGCUGGUGGAGCACGUGCGCGUGCACACGGGGGAGCGCCCGUUCACCUGCGACCUUUGCCCGUACAGCGCCAAGCGGCGGGACAGUCUGCGCCUCCACUGCAAGGUCAAACACCCCGGCGACGUGCACACACACCGGUCGUACGUGCUCGGAGACAAUCAGCGCUCAAACAAACACGUUCAGCGGCUGCACACACCGCCGAACACACACACUGCUGCACCCUCCUCCCUUCCUCCUCUUCAUCCUUCGCUCUCUGACCGGGCAGGAUGGAGGGAUCUGUCUCCUCUCCUCCCUAUCACCACACUCAUUUCUCUGAAACCACGCUCUCCUUCAUCCUCCUCCUCCCCCUCCCCCUCCCCCUCCUCCUCCUCCUCCUCCUCCUCCUCCUACUCGUCUUCCUCCACCAAACACUCUUUCCUCAGUUACCUUGGUCUGACAACUUCUUUGUAAAUGCUGUUUUCCUUUGUCUCCUCUCCUCUCCUCUCGUCUCCUCUCCUCUCCUCUCCUCUCCUCUCCUCUCCUCUCCUCUCCUCUCCUCUCCUCUCCUCUCCUCUCCCCCUCUUCUCCUUCUCUCUCCUCCCACCCAUCCUCUCCUCAGGUGCUUUUCUUUAUGCUAACAUGUCUCCUCGAUUCCUUACUUGCAUCUCUUCCUCGCGUCUAACCUCCCAGCGAGGAUGUGAGAGAGAGAGAUGCGUAGGAUACACCCGUGUUUCCUCGCUCUAAGCUCCUCCAAGAGCCUCCUCUCUCCUUGUCUCCUCAAGGUGCGUUUCUGGCGGAGGGGGAAACGAUGUCACAGUCACAGGAGGAGAGAGGACGCGAGGAAGCGUGAGUUAGCGUAUAAAAAAACACCUCGUCUCCUCUCCUCUCUUUAUUUCUUCUCCUUUUCUUAUGUCCCCUCUCCUUGCCUCCUCUUCUCUCCUCCCCUCCUCUCCUCCUCUAUCCAUCGUGUGGACUUUUAAAGUGAUGGAUGUAAAGCUCUGUAAUGUAUCCGAGGUACUGUCACUCAACACUAUGUAUGAGAAUGUCAAUCAGAUACUGUUAUAUGCUCAAUGCACUGAAAACACACAGAUAAGGAACGUUUUCAAUUUAUUCGACUUUUGCAUCAUGCUCGUGAUUUCUGCUGCAUUCCUGCCUGCUUUUAGCCCGUCAUAUAACCACUGAACUCUUAGCUAUUUAACCGUGUGACAUAUUUAUUGCCUGUCACUCCUGUCCUUCAGAAACCCUGCACUUUGAAGAUCCUCCCGUCGCACAUUUAAAAGCACGAGACGCUUCGGUUGAAGAAUCAUUUAUUGAUCCUGAUGUUUUAUUGUGGAGAAAAUCACUGCAGCCAGGAGGGUGAGAUGAUGUCACCUGUUUCCAUUUUAUUUAGAAAUGUAUGUAAUCUAUUUUUAGAUUCUGGGGGUAUUAAAAUAUGACUCGGUACAUGUACUCAAGAGGUGAACUUCAAGGUAGACUACGCAGAAAACUGUCAGCUUGGCAUUUUGCCUCGCCAUGUUUGCAUGUUUUUCGGCGCUGUAUCCACGGUUUUUGCAGCUUCCUCUUGGAUGCGUGCUGCCUUCACUGUGCCCAGGAACGUCUCUGCAGAUAAAUACACCGCGACAUAAUUCAACCCGGUCUCACUGCGAACUUGUUGAAAUCUGAUGCUUGGGCAGUGACUUGCAGCGUCAGACACAGAUGAAAAAAGACCUUUAACGUUGGCAUGAUACGCAGCUGGUUGCUGUUACAGUUUAACAGCGCCUGGGAGCGUCGGGGGGAAACGCAGCAGAACAAGGACUAAUGUGAAGGUGGUGAAAGUCCAACUGGGGCGGGAGCGGUGGUGGAUGGGUCCAACAAACAUCGACUUUCACCUGAGAGAGCGGUGUUCACGUCCCGUAAGAUUCUAAAACCAAACCCUGUUGUUUUUUCCUAAACCUAACCACGUGUUUUUGUUGUUGAAGGGAAAAAAACAUCAAUUUUUGUGUUGUACCAGCGUAGUGCUUUUAUUUUGAAAGAGACUGUAUGUAAAUGUUAAAUUUCCUGUGAAAACAGAAGUGUACUUUGAAAGAAGACAAUGCAUGUAACAGGCAGAACUUGACACGACGUCCCAGAACGUCAACAACCAACACACCCAGGGUACCUUGGACAUCGUACGUGGACGUGGAAAGUCCACGACCACAAACGACGAUAUUCAUGGCUGAAAGCGAAAUUAUCACCAACUUCGCAAUGGUUCCAAAAAGAGGAGCAGCUUCAGUAGUUGAAGUGAAGUUGGCCUUAACUUUUGUCCCGCCGCGUUUCCCGCCAAGCGCCAUUAAACUAUGACAGCCAACACACGCCAACAUUAAAGGACGGCUUUUUUUGUAGGUGUCUGGCACCGCAAGUCACUGCCCAAGUGCCGGAUUUCGACGACUUCGAAGUGAGACCGGGUUGGAUUGACCUGUAAAACUAUAUCACUCAUUUUGUUGCAAUCUGAUGUUCUUUAAUUAACAAUAAAAUUCUUUUUUAGUAAUUUCUCAUAUCGUCAAGAAUAUUAUCGCAAAAAUACCCUGAAAUAUUGUGAUGUUAUUUUAGGGCCACAUCUUCCUACUUUUAAGUAAUUUCUUAAGCAAAACUGCCAAAGCGUGAUAUUUCCAGGUUGUCAAAUGUGGCGAUUUGUUGCUUUCUUUGGUUUUACAUUAUUGUAAAUUUAAUAUGUUGGGGUUUGGAAAUGUUGGUUGGAUGUUUUGUAGUUCAGAUGAUUAAACAAAAAGGUAAUCUACGGAUUAAUCGGUUAGUUUUGGGCCUCGUCACAGGACUAAGACUCACAGUCACAUUUAAGAAGCUGAAACUAUUGAAUUUCUGUCAUUUGGAAUUUUCGAUUUGAAAUCAGUUUCACGUUGAGUUAACUUAAAUCAUCCCUCUGCUGACUUUACGGGGGGGGGUUUGGAGUUCGAGGUUUCUGGAGGACAGUGAAGAUAUUUCUAAUAUUUGUGUUGUAUAUUGAUAAUAAUGUAUUUGUGUUUACACAUAACAACAUGAGGCUCCCAAGAGUCCACAAAUGUCUUAAUUUAAAGUUGCACUAUAUGUAGUUUUUGCUGAGACAGAAAAAAAAGAGUCAUUUUAGAAUAUUUAAGCGUUUAUUUUUCAACACACACCACUCUGCAGCUUCAGUCCAGGGUUAUUUUAUCACAACAACCACCUAAUCCAGCAGGCGUGAUGUCACUUCCUGUUCACCUGGGCAGGGUCAGAGAAUCUGAACUUUUAAAGCGUUAAACAUAAGUGUAUAAAAUACAUAGUUUAAUCAGUUUUGUUUAUAAUUUUACGGAAACUGAAACUAAUUUGUGCGCACACUUUAUGCUCUGGAUUUGAUGUCCGAUUAUACAUGUUGUCCUGUAGAGGGCAGCAAACACCUUUCUGCACGUUCAGUCGGCCACACGUUUGACAAACACGCCGAAGAACAGACUUCCUCUGUGGUGUCGAAAACUACAUAACUUCUCCUGUUCACUCACCGACUUUAUUCUGAAUGUUUCAUAAGUUUGUGUGAAGUGGGGAAAAAACCUGUCAAUGGAAAACAACGAAAAAGCAGCAAACGUCUGCGAAUGUUUUUUGUUGCCGACAAAAAUAUAAAGCUUUUCAUUAAUGACAUAUGUUACCUUAAAACAUAAAUACAUGCCACGUUAUUAACGAUCAAUAUAUAAAGAUGGAUUUUUGUUACUUACAUGUUAAAAUAAAUUAAAUAAUUUAAAGAUACAGAUGCAAAAUAUUUGUCAGAAACACUUUCAACUGCAGGAUCUUAAUAUUCCGUGGAGUUUAAAAUCCAAAAGGAACAUUUUAAGUAAUUACACAUAAAGGAUAAAUGCUGUGUACCGUAAAACUUCAAUAAGUCCCUUUUACUAGCCCCGUGUGGCUACACAUUUUGACAAAUAAAGGCCUGUCUCAAUUAGAGGCCUGUUGAUUUCAGUGAUUUAAGCAAAUAACAGCCCGGGCUACGCCAGAGUUUUACGGAAGUUUACUACAAUAUGUAAACGUUCUGAAUGUAACUUUCAGAGAAGCCUUGUUACUGAUGACACCGUUGGCUGUAAGUGAACUGCAGUCGGCAUCCUGUUGCUCACGCUCGCACUCCGUAGCAGUGAGCAAGCGCCAAAGCAUCAGCCAAAACAGUGACGUGUCGGACAAGAGCCUGACUUAUGUUAGUGCUUCCAAAUAAAUUACAAUCACACGCUUAGUGUGUUUAAUAAUGUUCCUGUAUUUCCGUGAUUCUAACCAGCUUACCGUUUGCAAAUUACUUUAUCAGCUAACGUUAGCAACCAACCAACCGCAGAUCCAUGCAGCAUAGCUUCAGAGCUAGCUGUCUAACUUUAGCCCAGGUUUUGCUAAGCUUGUUUCUAGCUAAUAGUAACAUUAGCUAAUGAAGUAAUUCGCAAACCAGCUGGCCAGGAAUCUGUGUGAAUAGGCGGACAUUAUGAACUUAAGAUAGUAUUUUGCUAUGUUAGCUAGCUAGCAAUUUGUCCACAUUAGCAAGCAAGCUAAUGUUAGCUAACAUUAGCCAGCUAAAAUCACAAUAUCACAACGUAUUUUACAUGUCAGUGUUUACGCUAGCAUUUUUUGCACUGAAUUUGAUUAAUUGAAUAUUUAUCAGACCACAAAUAAGACAAGAAUUAGCGAGCUAGCAUAGCUGGGGGACUGAGUCGAGCUGUAGCAUCUUGAAUUUAGAUGGUGUAAACCCCAAGACUAAAUGAAGGUCCGUCUCACUGGGCCGCUGCCGCAAAAUGUAACGGAAACAGCAUGUGUGGACUCUGUGUUGUGGUCGCUGGAGGUCAUUCAUUUACCGGUAUAUUAGCGGACUCCAUUUCUUAUCUAACGUUAGCUACUGUUGCACAGUGUUAGCAAGAGCUGAAGAGAGUCAAGGCACUCGGUAACCUGCAUAACAUCACACCCUUUGGAUUUUACCGUAAAAUUCGUCCCGAGUCCUUCACAGAAAGCAGCAGCCGAGAAAGUAAAAAACGACUAACACGCAAAAAAUUUAAUAUGGCACAUUUAAGAAUUUGACAUGACUCCUUCUAUUCUGGCUCCCAAUAACACAACAAGACCACAUUUUCAGACUGACAUCAUUAUUUUAUUACUCGUAUUGCUUGAUUUUAACCGCGAUAAUUAUAUCGUGUAUUACGUCACGCUAAGAGUGUGAGUUCAAACAGCUUCGUAAAUCCAGAAUAGAAUUUGCCCAUUCUGACAAAUAAAACUUUGAUGAAAUUACGAUCCUGAUCCUGUAGGGAGCGACAGGAAGUGACGUCAGCGCCUUUCAAAACCUAAACAAAGAGCAGCUGUACUAGAAUAACCUGCCCACACACACACACACACACACACACACACACACACACGUGUUGCUUUAACAUGAACUGUAUCUCCGAUCAAUGGUGCUGAGAGCUGAUUUCUGCCUGCUCAGAUUUCAUUUUUAAACCGUUUAUUUUCACACACAAAGACGCAUGAAAUAAAACCCUCCCCACCUUUCGACACUCAUGAUCAGCUCCUUCUUUUACAUUGUUUUUUUUUAUUACAUUUUGUUUUUCUCUGCUGUACCCUGUUACUGUUUGCUGCUGCAAUGAUCAAUAAAGUUUAAUUUCAUCAGACUCACCUCGACUUGACUCAGCAGUGUAGGACCAUGGUGUUGCAGUGACAGUCUGACAUGUUUCCUGGUGCGGAGACCUUACUCACCGUGAGCAGCAGCAGCAGCAGCACCUCUCACUGGUACUACUACGAUUUGGGUCAUUCUUGUUUCGCACCGACAUUUCAGCCUUAAAACUUUUGGGGAAAAAUAUUUGUUAUUUUUAUAAGAAUAAUAACAUGUUUAAACAAAUCUGCUGAUCUCGGGUGCUCUGAUCAAACUCAAGUUCAUUUGCCCCCUCAGUGCGGUUCGUUUGGGCAGGUGUGAACACAGCAAUCACACUCAGGUGCGCACCACAACAACCAGACAGAGACCCUCUUGAAGAGGUGGUCUGAGUCCAGUUACAAACGAACUCAGUAAAUCAAUCCAAAUUUAUUUGCACAGCAUCUUACAGGUCAGAGCAGUUCAAUGUGCUUCACAAGACAGUGAAGUUUGGAUCAUAAAAACAACGACACAGACAACAUUAAUGUAAUUAUUUGAGACCAAUGGAUACAGGACAAUAAAAAUUAUGAACAUGUGAUAAAAGAGAUUUAACAGCUUGGGGCGUCGGUGGCUUAGUGGUAGAGCAGGUGCCCCAUGUACAGGGCUGUUGCUGCAGCAGCCUGGGUUCGAAUCCAGCCUGUGGCCCUUUGCUGCAUGUCAUCCCCCCUUUCUCUAUCCCCCCUUCACGCUUACCUGUCCUGUCCA